GAUCUUUCUUUUGAUGGGUUGUUUCAUGUUUGAAGUUAGGAACUGAAAUCCCUCUUCUCCGAACAAGGUAAUUUAUGAUUUGGGUGCUCCAACUCUCCAAUAAAUUUUACAUUUUUUCUCCUAUCCCGCCUGCAGAAUCGAUUUCUAUUGUAAGAAGGGGGUCUUUUUUUUUCUUUCUAUUGUUGGUUGGUUUCUGAGUGUUUUGAUGUUUUUCAUUUAAUAAAUAUAGUUUCGGUUUUCUUCCUUGAUUUUGCAUUUUCUCUUAACUGCCCUUUGUUGAAUGCAAAGUUGAUGUGAUCACUUGUAGUUUUUAAACCCUUCAAAUUGCAAAAAAAGAGGAUCUGUUUAUCACUUUGGUCUCUUGAAUGUGAAAAGUAUUUGCUUUGUGAUUGGACGAUUUUGAGAGAGCUCACCAGGGAGGAAAUGUUGUAAUGCAUUUUCUCAUCCGGCCUAAAAGGAGUGUUUACUUUCGGUCAUCUAAUUUGGAUCAGAACUAGAUUUUGAAAGAAAAAUAGCAGAAGCAAAGAGAGGGUUGGCUUCUUUUUGUUCAAGAUUCUGUUUUCUGCAGUGAGGCUUAGUUGAUCUACUGUUUAUUCUCCUCUUCUUUUUUCUUUUUGGGCACUGUAUUUGAUUUUAUGUUGACAAUUCCACCAAUUUGUUCCGUCCUUUUCUACUUCUUUUUUACGCUUUAUUAUCCUCUCACACAUUUUCAAGUGGGCAAAAUUCAAACUUUUAUCGUGCCAUCUUUAUCUUUUUUUUUGGCUUUUCAUCUUCAACUAAGUUCAUUUCAGAAUGUUUUUUUUUUUUCAGUCAACGGGUUUACCUCAAGCUAUUUUGAUUUGUCACCAUCUCGGCUCAUUCACUUCUUUCAGGGCUUUUGUUUACUCAAUUCAUUGUAUGUCAUAGAUUUCACUGGCCAGGGAGGUAAAAAGAACUUUCAAAAUGAAAACUUGAAACAUUUUUUUUACUCAAAAGUCUGUCUUGUUUGCUUUGUAUUGAUUAUUUAAAAGAUGGUUUAUGUUCAGAUUAGGGAGGAUGGCUUGUUUUUUUUUUCCUAAUCUAGUAGCAAAGUUGUUUGCUUUCUUCUAGUGGUUUUGCCCUUUUUUGGCUGCGGUUAUUAGUGGACAAUCUGAUGCACUUUGCCACGAUGUAAAGGUGCAUUGAAGUUUGACCAAGUGAAGUUUCAAAGUGCUCUGCCAGUUGGGAGUCUUUUGAUUAUCACUUUUCUUUGGUUUGGUUGACUAGAGAACACCCAUUAUUCCCUGUGAGACUGGUUUCUGAAAGCAUAAAAACAUUGUUCUUUUUACCUUUUCAUCUGAAACAAAUGAUCUCUUUCCGUCUCUGAAGAAAAUGGGGGGUUGUGUCUCAACAAGUAGCCAUAGUACUUGCAGUAGUGGGAGCAAUGGAGAGAAACUUUCUCAAACAUGCCUAGAGAUGAGUAUAUUUGGUCGGAAGAGAACACGGACAUUUUCGGACCACAUUGCUAAAUUACAACAUUUGGCCUCAAUACCUAAUCGAAUUUUCACAAAUGGGCGAAGUCGGACAUCUUGUAUAUUCACACAGCAAGGACGCAAAGGCAUUAACCAGGAUGCCAUGAUUGUCUGGGAGGAUUUCAUGGCAGAUGAUGUCACCUUUUGUGGUGUCUUUGAUGGCCAUGGUCCACAUGGCCAUUUGGUUGCUCGCAAAGUGAGAGAUGCAUUGCCAUUAAAAAUUUUGUCAACUAUGAAAUCAUCUGAUACCAAGCAAAAUGGGUCUGGUGCUAAUUGCUGCAAAGGGGAUCCAAAAUUAGAUGUGGUAGAUCCUGAAAAGAAUGGUUCUACUGAGAAUGAAGUUGACCAUUUGUGGAGGGAAUCCUUUCUUAAGUCAUACAGGGCCAUGGACAAAGAGUUAAGGUCUCAUCCGAACUUGGAUUGUUUUUGCAGUGGCAGCACUGCUGUUACAAUAGUUAAGCAGGGGUCCAACCUUUUCAUUGGAAAUAUUGGUGAUUCUCGGGCAAUUCUAGGAUCAAAAGAUGGCGGUGAUAAAAUGGUUGCCAUCCAGUUGACUGUUGAUCUGAAGCCUGAUCUUCCAAGGGAAGCUGAACGAAUCAAACGGUGUAAAGGCCGAGUUUUUGCCUUACAAGAUGAGCCAGAAGUGCAACGAGUUUGGUUGCCUUUUGAUGAUGCCCCUGGCUUAGCAAUGGCUCGAGCAUUUGGGGAUUUCUGUUUGAAGGAGUAUGGUGUGAUCUCUAUUCCUGAGUUUUCUCAUCGGAUUCUUACAGAGAAGGAUAAGUUUAUUGUGCUGGCUUCUGAUGGGGUUUGGGAUGUAUUGAGUAAUGAUGAAGUGGUUGAGAUAGUGUCAUCUGCUUCAACCCGAUCAUCAGCUGCUCGGAUCGUGGUUGAGUCAGCAGCUCGGGAAUGGAAGUCCAAGUAUCCAACCUCGAAGAUGGAUGACUGUGCAGUGGUUUGCUUAUUUUUAGAUGGGAAGAUGGAUUCAGAAUCUGACUACGAAGAACAGGGUUUUUCUUCUGCAACUCUACAGAGCAACCAUUCCAGCAAUGUCGCCGAAUCAGAUGAUGGCCAAAACGUGGAGCCUACGUUGCAGAGAAACUGUACAGUGAGAUCGGCCGAAGAAAAUGAAACCUAUAAAAGGAUACAAGCUGUCGGCGUAGAUGCAAAUGGAGAGAAUACGGUCUCUGAGGAGACUAACUGGUCAGGUUUGGAAGGCGUUACGCGGGUUAAUUCUCUUGUUCAACUUCCAAGAUUUUCUGAAGAGAUGCCAAGACCUUGAUUUUUUUUUAUCUUUUUUCGGGGGUUAAUUCCUUGUUUAUUGUAACAUCCAUCUCAUCUGUAAGUCCAAGCAAGCAAAAGAUGAUCCCUUUGGCCCUUUUAGGUUUUGGUGCAAAUUCUUUGGCUGCUUUCAUCUUUGUUCAUAUUUCUUUUGUGGAGUACAUGCUUGAGACACUCUUUUGAAGUAACCUCAAUUGUACAUACUUUUAUGGAAUUUUCUAAAUUAAUUUGCUCCAGCAGCAGCUGUUUAAUCUAAACUAGUGGUAAGAUGUUUCACCUAUUUCAAC